AAAGUGUCAAAGCGAGAAAGAGAGAAAAGAGAGUGAGCUAUUCCUCUCUUCCACUUUCCCCCAUUUUCCCUUCACUCCUUUAAUUUGAAGGGGAGGAGCAACAAUGGUGAAGAGCAAGCCACAGCAUUUUGCACAAUGGUGCUUUCUUUCUCUCAUCUUCGCCAUUUCCUUCACCGCCAAAGCUUUGAACUACGGCGACGCCCUCGCCAAGAGUCUCCUCUACUUCGAAUCCCAACGCUCCGGCAGGCUGCCGUACAACCAGAGAGUCACCUGGCGGGACCAUUCCGGCCUCACCGACGGCCUAGAACAAGGGGUGGACUUGGUAGGAGGCUAUUAUGACGCCGGUGAUCACGUCAAGUUCGGUCUGCCAAUGGCUUUUACGGUGACAAUGCUGUCAUGGAGUGUCAUCGAAUACCGGCAGCAGAUCGCCGAAGCCGGUGAGCUCGAGCACGCGAUGGAGGCCAUCAAAUGGGGAACUGAUUACUUCAUCAAAGCUCACACUGGUCCAAAUGUGUUAUGGGCCGAGGUGGGAGACGGUGACACAGACCAUUACUGCUGGCAAAGGCCGGAGGACAUGACGACAUCCCGGCAGGCGUACAAGAUCGACCAGAACAAUCCAGGGUCAGAUCUUGCCGGAGAGACCGCGGCGGCAAUGGCAGCGGCGGCCUUGGUGUUCAAGAAAACAAACCCGCAUUAUGCCCACCUCCUCCUACACCACGCCCAACAGUUGUUCGAGUUUGGGGACAAGUAUAGGGGGAAGUAUGACGAGGAGGGGAGGUUGGGAGUGGUGAAGAGCUACUAUGCGUCGGUGAGUGGUUUCAAGGAUGAGUUGUUGUGGGCAGCUUUGUGGCUAUACAAGGCCACCGACAAUGAGGAGUAUUUGAUGUAUGUAAUUAACGAGGCUGAGAACUUUGGAGGCAUUGGUUGGGCAAUAACAGAGUUCAGCUGGGACGUUAAGUAUGCUGGUAUUCAAGUCAUGGCUUCAAAGUUGCUGAAUGAAGAGAAGCACAAGAAGCACAGUGCUAUCCUGGAAAAAUAUAGAUCGAAAGCCGAGUACUACAUCUGUUCAUGCCUGAACAAGAACCUUGACACCACAAAUGUGGAAAGAACACCAGCAGGCCUAUUGUACAUAAGGCAAUGGAACAAUAUGCAGUAUGUUUCAACAGCUUCAUUCCUUCUAACCAUGUAUUCAGAUUUCCUUAAAAGCUCGAACCAAAAGCUCAGCUGCCAUGGAGGGACAGUGGCUCACCAAGAAAUCCUCAGCUUUGCAAAAUCACAGGUUGAUUACAUUUUAGGGUCUAACCCAUCGAACAUGAGCUACUUGGUGGGAUAUGGUUCAAACUACCCUCAAAGGGUGCACCAUAGAGGCGCCUCUGUGGUGUCUUAUAGAGAGAACAAAGCCUUCAUUGGGUGUACACAAGGGUAUGAUAACUGGUAUGGGAGGCUUGAGCCAAACCCUAAUGUUUUGGUAGGGGCUUUAGUUGGAGGGCCUGAUUCUCAUGACAAUUUUUUGGAUCAGAGGGACAAUUAUAUGCAGACAGAAGCCUGUACAUAUAAUACAGCACCAUUAGUUGGGGUUUUUGCUAAGUUUUCAGAAUUAGAGGUCCAAAAGGAGUUGGACCAUAGUCAGGAUUUGGGUUUAGUUGCUUCUUACUAGGUACAAUGUGGAACAGAAAACAUAGUG